AUCUAUCGAGGAUAGGUUUGUCGGGUUUUUGAAAUUGGUCAGGAGUGUGGGUUUUGAUUUGAGAAGGUGGGGUAAUUAACCACAUAUUCAGGUGAAUGCUACACUGUGAGGACGCCUACACGGCGGCGGGCGUCGAGCUUUACGUUGAUGUGUUUGAAGCGUGAGAGAUUCGUUGAGUAUUUGAGUCAGUCCGCUAGUCAGCCACGGCGCGCGUCACUCGCAUCGCGCUCCGCUUGCGUCAACGGUCCGAUAGCCGAAAGCGAACCUGCGCCCGCCCGCCCAGAGACCUGUGCGUCUAUGCUUUCAUUUUAAUUAUACAUUCAAAUAAUAUUGUUUAUAAAUAUACUUGUUGUUUCAACUUGAACUAUCUGUGUUUAACUAUAGACAGAAAAGUUGUUUUAAAGUGUUCUUAUAACUGUUAAAACUUUCUCAAGUGGUUUUCCAAGGAUGUUAAUGAUAUAAGGAACUUUUCCGAAUUCAAGACGGCUGUGGAGAGCUUACUUCACCCUGAAAUAGAAAAAUGGCCCGGAGCACCGAUGGAUCAGGCCUCGAUGAAGGCUGCGAAGACGACGUCUCGCGGCUGACCCCGGGCCUGCAUCCAGAAACAACUUUCGACAUGAACGAUCUGCCAUCGAACACCUACACGUUGGACACUCGCAGAAUGCAACUAUACUCGCACCCACACAUACAUCCCACGGAGCUGUCAAUACACGCGGUGUCAACACACGAGCUGCUGAAACCUAAGGAUGAACCCUCUUAUUCAUUGGCUGCUUCUACGAAUCUUUGCUCGGUCAGUUUACAUCACACAGGUUCUUCGCCAUACGACAGUAGGAUAUGCCUUCAAGAAAGCAACGCGGAUGCAACAAACUCUCAAAGCGUCAAAGGAGAAGAAGAUUUAUCAAGAGUCUAUCAAACCCUUUCAUUGCCGACACUACCAAGAGACGAUAAUUCCAACAACAGCAGUACUGAAACAAAGAGUAAAUCUAAGUCAACGACCCCGGCUAGCCCAGGAAAUUCAGAAAUGAAGCCGCAGUCUACCACAUCAACGUCGCAGGCGCUUACCAAACCUCCCUAUUCUUACGUAGCACUCAUUACGAUGGCAAUUCAAAACAGCCAAACGAAACGUGCUACGCUAAGUGAAAUUUACGCUUACAUCACCAAGGAAUUUCCAUUUUUUGAGAAGAAUAAGAAGGGCUGGCAAAAUUCGAUUCGGCAUAAUUUAAGUUUAAAUGAGUGUUUCAUUAAAGUUCCAAGAGAAGGUGGUGGUGAGCGCAAGGGAAAUUAUUGGACCCUAGAUCCUCAAUGCGGAGAGAUGUUCGAAAACGGGAACUUCAGACGACGGCGGAGGAUGAAAAGGCCUUUUCGAGCUACUCCUUAUUCUAAGACCCUGUUCGGAGACGGUUAUCAUGUUGCACACGUCGGGCAGCACGUGCCGCCUCACAUGCAGCCCCUACCCUUAGGAGCUCGGAAUUACUUCGGGUCCGGUUCUCCGUAUCAUCCACCUUCUUACCCUAGAUACGACACCUCAUGGCUAACGCAGUCGCCGAGCGGGCUCGGGUACGCUGGCGCGUGCGGAAGUAUGGGUCGCAGUCCACCCGGGUGUUCGCCACACAGCGCGCUGCCCCACCAGUCGUCGCCCGUCGCUGUCAAUCCAUUUGCCACACAUCAAAUUCAAGGACAGCUCCAAAGUCCCUUGCAGCCCAUGCAGUCGAUGUCAAUGAAUACCUACAAUGCUAUUGGAGUUAGUGCCAUAGACGGGUCUCCGAGCCCCGGUCCUGGAUACGCGCCUUCAACUGGUGGCUUCUCGCCGAACAGACACCACGACAUCGUCACGUCGUCAGACGCGGCUGUUACUCGAUUUCCAUUUUGGCCUGAAGGUGGCUCCCCUAGCCCGAACCCAAGUUAUGUACCGUCCAGCAGUUUCUCGCCAACUCGACGUCAUGAAGCCGUCACUUCGUCAGAUGCAACUAGUGCUCGCUUCUCAUUCUGGCCUGACGUUGGUGUAAAAGAAGAAGCAUCUUCAAGCCUCGUAUCUAAUGCAGCACCUUAUUCAAAAUGUUUUAUGUAAAGUUGCCAAAGUUGGAGGUAAACACAAGACUAGAAUAUCAUAAGCACCAUGCGAAGAAUUAUUAUGGAAUUAUUGAGUGUAAUAUAGAGUUCGUGUAGUGAUCAAUGUAUAAAAUUUGUUUGAUGUAAUCGUGCAUUUUAAUUUUUUGAACAUUAAAAUGUGUGACACGAGAUAUCAAAAAUAUUAUUUCAUAAAAGCUAGAAUAAAUGCACACUAUUAAAUAUUUGGACAUAUUUGUGAAAAUAGUUUAAAAAUUUUGACUGAUGGCGUUGAUUUAGAGAUAGGUACGAUAUUAUGGUGUUGAGUUGACAUAAUUAUUAUUUGUAGUGUACAAUUAUUGUGAAAAAUCAUUUGUCUAAUAGGUGUUGUUCAUAAAUGCUAUCUCUGGUAGUAAUAAAGGAUUAUGAAAUAAUAUUUCUCAUCAAUACAAAUCAUAAUUCUACGAAAAUUUGAAAUUAAACUCAAAAUUAAAUAACUAGUUAAAGUUUAUUGAAACACAUUUGGACACAGUUGGAAUAUUUAAGAAUUAUAUACAAAAUCUUAUUUUCAUUUCUACAGAUGAUUGAAAUAUCGACAAAUUAUUAGUUACAUAAUUCAUUAAAGACUACGUUUCUCUAAUAUCAUCAAAAUUGUCUUAUUUGAAUAUAUUAAUUAUCUACACAGA